ACGGAGCUGAGAUCGAUUUGUUGCGCUUAGAAAAUGAACUUCUUUUGAACUAUAAUCAUGACUCGGGUCCUUAACUUAGAGGCGCUGCAAGAUCUGUACGCCUGGAUCGAUAAAAUACCUUUGUCCCGGCCUAAAAGAAACAUCACAAGAGACUUCAGUGAUGGAGUGAUGGCCGCUGAAGUUGUCAAAUAUUUCUUCCCCAAUCUGGUCGACCUGCACAACUACACUCCUGCCAGCUCCACACAGCAGAAACUCAGCAACUGGAACCUUCUAAACAGAAAAGUGUUUGCGAAGUUACAGUACAAUAUUUCUGAUGAGACGAUGAGGAAGAUCGUGCUGAGCACCUCCGGAGCGAUUGAGCCGGUGCUGAUCGCCCUGAGGGACAAGAUUGAGAAGAAAAUGGAGCAAAGCUCAGACAACAAACAAGAUUUGGAAUACUUCGACACCAGGAGUCAGGAGAAGGUUCUCUCAGAUCAUCGCCACACUGAGAUGACUCGAGAAGACAUGAAGAAGUUCAGCACUCAGCAUCAAACAUCUGAGGGGACCAGCAACCAUGAGAGCACCCUUCAGUCCAAUGCCCCUGUGACUUCCUGUUCACAGGAAGCAGCAGCUCUCUGGCCAGUUGUACACAGACAUGGAGCCGUCUGUGCGUCAGAUCCUGGAGGAGAAGGACCAAGCCAUCAUGGCUCUGCAGGAGACGGUGGAGAUCCUUCAGAUGAAAGUGAGCCGGCUAGAACACCUGGUUCAGUUGAAGAACAUGCGCAUCGAGGACCUCACAAGACAUUUGGAAAUGUACAAAACCAAAGGAUGCAAACAGUGACGCCGUGGUUCGGAAGAGACACUCCUGGACUGCUGUUGACUUUUCAACGCAAAACCAAGUGAUGAAAGGUGAAACUGGAACAUCUAGUGUGGAGACUCGGCGGUGGUGCGCCCCAGGGAUCGAUGCCCGUCCCGCCGCUCACUUCACUGUACGCACAAGCAUUGCAGGACAAGUUCUUGCUACUGAGCUCAAAUCAAGGAUGAACAGUUGGACAAUGAAGUGUUUUUAAUGCUGGUGAAAUAGUUGCCAGAUGCUGGUUAGAUAUUCCGUGUAGUCUUGGUCUAACCGAACCAUUUGUUGCUCGUAGGUUUACAGAUGUGAUCUUUGAAUUUGUGUUUGUGAUGAGUCCUUUUUAAACAUUUUGUAUCUUUGUUACCGGCUACUGCUUCUGCACCUCACUGAUUUCCAGCACAACAUGACUUCAGUUCUUCACCAACAGAGAUCACCAGAAGACUCUGGUCAAUGGCACAGAUUUAGAGAAAGAUUGAGAGAAAUGAUGCUUUCAAAUUCAUACACUUCUGUUUGAUUCUAAUUUUGAACCAGAUUUGUUCUUGUUCCUGCUAAAGUGUGAAGAUCCGUCCAAGAUAGCUGCCGUCUACAGCACGCCCACUGCUUCUGAGUUAAUGAGGGAUUGGGGUCGCUGGCUUUGCCCAUGUUGCGUCAUGUUUUAAUGAAGAAAAGUCUUCGGCUGCAUCGGGAGUCUGACGUGUUUGAUUGAAAUGUGACACUUUUUAUUUGAGAAAUCUCAAGCUAGGAUGAAGUAGCACAUCUGCAUGAGCCUGAGAAUGUGUCAAGGUGAAGAAUGAGUGUGACAGCACCUUUGCAUGCUAACAAGUAGUGAUGGGUGUAUGAGGUUUCAUGACACAGUAUUGAUGGGUUGUAGUGUUGAAUAGUAGAUGAGGUUUCAUGACAGUAUUGAAUAGUAGAUAAGGAUUCAUGACACAGUAUUGAGUAGUAUAUGUUUCAUGUCACAGUAUUGAAUAUUAGAUAAGGAUUCAUGACAAAGUAUUGAAUAGUAGAUGAGGUUUCAUGACAGUAUUGAAUAUUAGAUAAGGAGUCAUGACACAGUAUUGAAUAGUAUUUGUUUCAUGUCACAGUGUUGAAGGGUUGGGGAGGUUUCAUGACACUGUAUUGAAUAGUAGAUGAGGUUUCAUGACACUAUUGAAUAUUAGAUAAGGAUUCAUGACACAGUAUUGAAUAGUCGAUGAGGUGUCGUGACACAGUAUUGAAUAGGAGAUGAGGUUUCAUGUCACAGAAUUUGAAGGGUUGAUGAGGUUUCACGAAGUAGUGUCCCGAUUUACAGAGGCCACCAGAUGGCACUGGUGGGUUUGAACGCCCAACUCAAUGAAACCUCACAUCGUUUCGAAACCAAGAGCACUAUCUAGUUGCCUCUGAAAGUUAGGACACAGUUUCAUCAACCCUGCACUACUGUUUCAUGACACCUCAUCUACCCUGCACUACUAAUAAGGUCCGGUUUGGAGAAUGACUGGCUGCUAAACAAAUGGUGUCAGAAGCAGGAUGGUCAUGUGGAAUACUGUGAGUGUGUUUUGGGUUUAUACCUGGAUUUAUUGUUGCGGAAGAGCAGUUUUUCCCCCCUGAUUCUGUUCCUCCUUUCUGUCGUCACCCAAAGCUUGUGACCAUAGACGGUCAGCUGCGGAUGUGUUUGAUGACUGAUGAGUGAAGUCUACUUCCCUUGUCAGAGUGAGGCUAUGAACCAGCUCUGUGUAGCCUCUGGAAUAUCAAACUUGAAGAGAAUCAGGAUGGGGAAGUUUCAGGGUCCACGAAAGAGAAAACAGUCUGAAUAGACUAAUUCAGACUCUUCUGCGGUGUGAAGAUAAUUCUGUUUGUCUGAGCGUAUGAGGACCAGCAAACAAGACUGGAAUGUUCAGGAGAACCAAAGAACAGAGCCACUGUUGAUGACUCAUUUUCAGAUCACCAGGCUGUUAAGAGACUUGAUUUAGCGCAGGGAGAACACGGUGCUGUCUCUCAGAGACAGACAGGGCCAAUAAAGAGAACAUGGCGGAUGGAUGGAACGGCCCUCGACCUCACUUCCUGUGAGCGGAGGGUUGACUGUCUUCCCUCUGACAGUAAUGGACCUCACGUUUGAACCACACCACGGCUUAAAUGAG